AUGCCUCCUUAUCCCGACGAGCUGCUCCCGACCUCGCAGAGAACUUUAGAUCAAUUUGUCAACCGUGCCAAAGCAAUCUUGGCAGAUGAAGACGAUGAAUACAGAGUCUGGAACUUUGUAACAUUCAUGUUGGCUGGUCGAGAACAUGUCAACCACUUGGAAUGGCGCGUGUUCGUCAAUGCUCGCCAGGGCUUUGCUGCCCCCCCAUCGGAUGAAUACACCAUUCGUCGAGACUAUGAUUCCCUGUUGGGUAUUUCCCGAUCAUUACCCUACAUAUCACAGCUGGCGGUGUUUCCAAUCCCCUCAUUCAGAGAAACACUCACCACCAGUGUUCACAUGGCUGUGAAGAUACAGACCACGGAGGGUCAACGUUCCGUCCAGCUACACAAGAUCCCUAACAUAUUAUUUGGGAAGCUGGCCAAUCGCAGUCAGACCAGAUUGUUUUUCCCGCGGCUCUACGUAUCUGGUGGUCUAGGACGCGUACCCCAGCCGGCCCUUAAAAACUUAUACAAUAAGGUCAUUCGUCCCACGAUCAAUGAAAUCCUGCCAGCCAAUGUCUCUCAUUGGCCUGUCAGCUACGAGCAAGCUUUUUCGCAGGCUCAGGAUAGGCAAGGACAGCUGCAUCACCACUCUGUGGAUGUGCCUGGACACUACAUUCAGGAGUUUGGAAGGGAGGUUAUCCGAAGAUGCGAUCAGGAUCGGGAUCUCAAGGGCGCCUUUUUCGUCCAUGAAUGUCGUGGAACAAAGGAUGCCACCGUGCACAAUGGAACAUUCGAAUUUGACCGGGAGGAGUCUUUGAAUGAUCUUCUCAGAGAUUAUGACACCGAGAAUAUGGAGUUAGGCGAGUGGUAUGUCGAUGUGGCCCUGGAAGUCCAUUGUCCUGGCCAUGUGUUACAGUGGCUGGAGGAUGGUCAUCGGAAUGUCCUGGAGGAGCUCUUUCCAAACUCAUCCGUGGCCAGGAUUGAUCAAAUGGCACGCAGCCGGGCCCUUCAGGUGGAUCAAGUCGCGCAGCUCACCGAUCUCGCUGGGUUUCGCAUGGAAUGUCCCACUAUGGGCCGGGCAGACAGCAUCAUUUAUGCUCAGAUCUACACUACGGACAAAUCCCCAACAUAUCAAUUGCAUCGAGGCGCUUUCAGUGCCAAGAGUGCUCGGGACCUGUACCCCGCCAAAAUUGACCGACUUCGGGCGGAUUAUACCAAACUUGGCGAGGUGUUUGGCAAAUGCAGUGGGUAUGGAGAGCAUGAAGCCCAGGAUGGAAAUGUGCGUGCCGAGGUUCGCGUGCGAGCCACCCGCGUUUUGGAAGUCCUGCACACCUUCGAAGAUGACUUUAUUCAGUCCAAUGUCAUUGCCUACGAUGACAGCACUUGGUGGUAA